AUGCCCACUGCUACACAACCCACUGCUGACAUGCCAAUUGAUACCAAACCCACCGCUGACAUGCCCACUGCUACCCAACCCACCGCUGACAUGUCCCUUGCUACCAAACCCACUGCUGACAUGCCCACCGAUACCAAACCCACCACUGACAUGCCCACUGCUACCAAACCCACUGCUACCCAACCUACUACUACCCUGCCCACUGCUACCCAACCCACCUCUUACAUGCCCACUGCUACCCAACCCACCGCUGACAUGCCCACUGAUACCCAACCCACUGCUACCCAACCUACUACUACCCUGCCCACUGCUACCCAACCCACCACUUACAUGCCCACUGCUACCCAACCCACCGCUGACAUGCCCACUGCUACCCAACCCACUGCUAUUCAACCCACCGCUGACAUGCCCAUUGCUACCCAACCUACUUCUGCCCUGCCCACUGCUACCCAAGCCACCACUGAUAUGCCCACUGCUACUCAACCCACUGCUACCCAACCCACCGCUGAUAUUCCCACUGCUAUCCAACCCAUGCUGACAUGCCCACUGCUACCCAACCCCCCGCUGACAUGCCCACUGCUACCCAACCCACCCCUGACAUGCCCACUGCUAUCCAACCCACCGCUGAUAUGCCCACUGAGACCAAACCCACUGCUGACAUGCCCACUGCUAUCCAACCCACCGCUGACAUGCCCACUGAAACCAAACCCACUGCUGACAUGCCCACUGCUAUCCAACCCACUGCUGACAUCCCCACUGUUGCACAACGCCCUGCUGACAUGCCCACUGCUACCCAACCCACCACUGACAUGCCCACUGCUAUCCAAUCCAUGCUGA